CCAAAUGGCUCUCCUUUUGCCAUCUCAGCAUUUCGCCCUUCUACGCCCGAAUUUCCCCCUCUUCAAAAUUUUCUGAAUUUUCCCAAUAAUCCAACAAAUAUCUAAGAAUAAUUAAAAAUCUGUUUUUUCAGUUUUUCUGCCUCUUUGUUUUUCUCUCUGUUUCUGUUUUGAACACCCAAAAAGCAAAAGGACAUUUUAAAAAGAAAAAAAAUAAAAUAAAGAAAUUUGCAUGCAUCAAUGGCUCAGCUACUCUCUCCUGUAUGUACAGAUGCUCUCAAACUCUAUAACCCAUCUUUAAAUAUGUGCAAAAGAAGCUCUUGUAAGGCCAUGGCUAAAGCUGGAACUUCUUGGAGCUUGUUGGGUCAUGGUGGUAAAAGGAGAGGUUGUGGCAGAGUCAAGGUUACAACAGGGGAUUCUGCUUCCACUGAUUCUCUUGCCGAUGAUUAUUAUGCCGUUCUUGGACUGCUUCCGUAUGCCACACCAGAGGAGAUAAAAAAGGCGUAUUAUAAUUGCAUGAAGGCUUGCCAUCCAGACUUGAGUGGCAAUGAUCCAGAGACUACAAAUUUCUGCAUGUUCAUUAAUGAGGUCUAUGGGAUUCUCAGUGACCCUGUACAGCGCAUGGUUUAUGAUGAAAUUCAUGGGUAUGCAUUGACUGCAAUCAAUCCUUUCAUGGAUGAUUCCGCCCCAAAGGAUCAUGUAUUUGUUGAUGAGUUUAGUUGCAUAGGCUGCAAAAAUUGUGCCAAUGUGGCCUCAGAUGUGUUUAGCAUUGAGGAAGACUUUGGACGAGCCAGAGUACAUAGUCAAUGUGGGAAUCCUGAAUUAGUUCAACAAGCCAUAGACAGUUGCCCAGUUGAUUGCAUUCAUUGGACUUCUGCAGCACAAUUAUCCUUGCUUGAAGAUGAAAUGCGCAGAGUAGAAAGAAUGAAUGUUGCAUUGAUGCUUUCAGGAAUGGGGUCUGCAUCAGCGGAUGUAUUCAGAAUGGCAAAUUCUCGAUGGGAAAAGAGGCAGGCAAAAGUUUUGGAACAAGCUAAAAUAAGGAUGAUGCGGCAGAAUGAUUCUGGUAAAACCGACUCAUACUGGAGCAACAUUUGGGGGAAGCCAAAAGAAUACAAGAAAUCAGAGGAGGAAGUGGAAGAGAAAGCAGGAAGGGCUGCAGCAGCUGCGCGAAGAUGGAGGGAAUAUUCAAGGAGGGGUGUGGAUAAGCCUCCCACCUUUAAACUUCCGGAGGCAGUCUCCAACAGAGAAAAUUCGAUUGACCACUACUAAUUAUUUGCCAUUUAUAUUCUUAAAAUCAAAAUCAAAUGCAAUCACUUUGUCUACAUGCAGGGGGUUUCCAUUGAAUUUAUUCCUAGUCUCAUGUACAACAAAUCCAUAUGAAUCUUUUCACUGUGUAUAUCAACAUUAAUUAAUCUACACUGCAAGAGACCAAUAAAUGAGAAAAAAGA